UCCUAAACUCUAAGUACAUGUGUACAGCGCAUACCUUCCUGGCUGCCACUCCCUUCCUUUCAAAUGGAUAUGAAAGCCCUUUUUCCUUUGCUCUCCUUUGCCUUUCUGCCUGCAAAGGCAUCUAUCUGUCUGCCCAUCCCUUCCUGCUUUUGUGCCGUGACCAAGCCAAGGAAAGGCAAGAUCUCCCUCCACCAACACCACCCACCUUCCCCUUUUCCUGCAGCCAACUCUCCAUCCCUUUGAAACAAGGAGGGGUUUGAUCCACUGCCGAAAGGAGGACCACAGGGAGAGCUGGCUGGGGGCACCCCCGUUGCGGCAGCUUGCCGAAUCCACCCCUUCGCCUCAUCCUCCAGCAAAGAGAGAAAGCAAAGAGAAGCUGCUUCCCUCCCUCUUCUUGACAACUGUCUUGCUUUUAUCUGCUCCUCUCUGGAUUUCGGAGCCGAGGAUGCAAAGGAGUCUCCGCUCCAAGGAAGAGCGUAUUUUCUCACAGAAGGUCGACUUAGGAAAAUGCUCCAGAGGAACAUCUGGAACUGAAGGAAAAUGAAGUCUCAUUGGUGGCACGGCAGCUCUUGCCUAUGACCCUCUCUCCAUGAAGAUGUCCUCCUUGGACCCGCUGCCUCCAGCCACCCCUCCAGCCCAGAAGCCCACCCGCAUCAUCAAGCCUCGCCCACCCACCCGACCACGGCCCUAUUUGCCACCCAGGCCGGACUCUGCCAAGUUGAGCCGUGCCCCGACCCCUGCUUUGCCCCCGGAGGUCUCCACAGCCGAAACACCGAGCAAAGGGUCCUCCAAGGUUACUGAGCCCAUUUACAGCCACCAGCGGCACCUCCACAAGUUGCAGAAUUCAGGCGCCGUGCGGAAGAUCGUGGUACGCUUUGACCAUCCCAUUCCGGAAAAAGAGGAGGCUGGCAAGGCAAUCCAGAUUGCUCCAAAUUGCAGUGAAGCAUCACUCCCUAUUGCUGAAAAUGGAAGCGGGACGAUCGUGGAGGAAAAGGAGGAGCUGGGGCAAUCCAAUCCUUCCGAAGACACCCAGCCUCCUGUCUUCUGUGGAGGGGAGCAGAAUGGUGUAGAAUUGCCCGCUUCUUGCCCCUCUGGUUGCCCCUGCAUUUGCCACCAACACCGGCCCGGCAUGGUUUUGGCCUGGGUCACGGCACCAUCUCUGCCGGCUGAGCAAGAAGAUGAAGACGGUCCUGCCUCAGACCUCUCUUCUUCCGCUGAUGAAGGAGGACCCUUCUUCCAACACCUCCUGGUGCUCAAUGCCCCACCUGCCAACUCCUCCACCACCUCCUCUUCCUCCUCAUCCUCAUCUACUGGGGGCAGGUCCUCCAAAACCCGCCAUUCUCCUCGGAGCAAGAGACCCCUUGAUCUACCCCCUUCUGCCAAUGGACACCCCGAAGGUGGAGUGGUGUUGACCGGGUACCGCUCCACGGCCGAACCCCUUCCACCUCGUUGCCCCCCUGUGAUGCCCAAACCACCCCGUCGUAGUAAAGGGGGUUCCACUGCCUCAUUCGAUGGUGAAGCCUUGCCCCCUGCUAUCCCCCCGAAAGCUCCUACCAAGCCACCUCGCAACGCCUUGGGUCCGUUGGCCUUCUCCCGACGGAGCUCCCUCCAGUACCCGCUAGAGGCGAAUCAUAUUCCCAGUGAUGCGUCCCUCAUUUCUAUGCGCCAAAGCCUGCUGUUGCCACCUCCUUCCCAGCCUCCACCACCACCACCCACUUUGCAAACCCCUCCACCUUUCUCCGUUUCCCAGCCCCCAACAUUGAAUUUCCCGACUCCCCCUCCUCCUUCGCAGCCCCCUCCUCCACUGCCGCAGGGCCUUCCUCCUCCACCAACGCAGCCACCACCACCGCUGGAGAGCUCGCCCCUGGGUGAAGACUCAUGCCAAGGUGGCUGUGAAAACGAGUCCUCUGUUUUGGAAGACUCGGAUGCAGGAACCCCAAAUGACAGUGGCUGCGCAAUGUUAUCCCCCAAAGGCCCUGAUUGGGGACUUUACCUCCAGGAUGAGCCUCUAUACCAAACAUAUCGGCAGGCAGUUAUCUCUAAAGAGAUCAAGAGGCAAACGGUUCCCCGCAACAGCAGUUUCAGCAGCUCGGAUUACGGGGCCCCUUCUCCGGGUGAAGGGCCCUCGGGGCCCCGGGUUUCCACCCCUCAUUGCACUCUUUGGCAGGAGCUGCCUGCUGUACGAGAGAGCGGCCUCCUGGGAAGCAUGAGCCCCGAGGAACGGAAGUUGCAAGAGAGCCUUUUUGAGGUGGUCACUUCCGAAGCCUCGUACCUCCGCUCGCUGACCCUUCUGAUCGAGCACUUCAUGGAGUCGCGGGACAUGGCGGGCACCAUCCUCCUGCGUGAGCACCGGAUCCUCUUCUCCAACAUCCGCAAAGUCAAGGAGGUCAGCGAAAGAUUCCUGCAAGACCUGGAAACACGCCUGGCAGAGAGUUUGCAGAUCUCAGACGUCUGCGACAUCGUGGAGGAUCAUGCCCAGCAAAGUUUCUCCGUCUACAUUGACUAUGUGCGCAACCAGCUGUAUCAGGAAAAGACCUACAGCACCCUCAUGGAGAAGAACCCACAAUUUGCCACUGUCGUCACCCGCCUCCAAGAGCUGCCCCAAUGCCAACGGCUUCCCUUCAUGUCCUUCCUGCUGCUCCCUUUCCAGAGAAUCACCCGCAUCAAGAUGCUCAUCGAGAACAUCCUGCGUCGAACAGAAGAAGGCUCUCCGAGAGAGCAAAACGCCAUGAAAGCUUUGGCAUCUGUUUCCAAGAUUAUAGAAGAGUGCAACUCCGAGGUGGGACGCAUGCGGCACAUGGAGGAGCUGAUCCUUAUCGCCAGCAAGAUUGAGUUUGACAAACUUAAGGCAGUCCCCAUCAUCUCCCAGACCCGGCAGCUACUGAAGCAAGGGGAGCUGCUAGAGGUAGUUCAUCGGGGCACCAUCUUUGGCACCAAACCCAAACUGGUGCCCAUCUACUUGUUCCUCUUCAAUGAUCUUCUGCUCAUCACUCAACGCAAGAGUUCCGAACGCUUCGUGGUGCUGGAUUAUGCCCACCGUUCACUGAUCCAAGCCCAGGGCUGUGGGGAAACCCACACGGGCCAAGCGGCCGACAACAGUUUCUACUUGACGCUGAUGGAGAACCACCAAGGGCGGAGUAGUGACCGUCUCUGCCGGGCCCCAACACAGUCAGAUAUGCACCGCUGGAUCGGUGCCUUCCCCUCUCAUGAAUCUCAACCCAGUGGGAAGCAGGAGACCAUCUAUGAGGACUGGGAUUGCCCCCAAGUGCAAUGCACUGAGGCCUACACUGCCACACAGGCAGAUGAACUGAGCCUUGAGCCGACAGAUAUUGUGAAUGUGCUACGCAAAACCAACGAGGGCUGGUAUGAGGGGGUUCGCCUGGCGGAUGGCAAGAAGGGCUGGUUUCCCUCGCGCUACGUCCAAGAAAUCACCAAUGAGCACGUGCGGCGGCGCAACCUUCGCGAGCGCUACCGUGUCCUACAAGCUGCACGCCAGCUCCAACUGACCCGCACCAGCCACAGCAAGAGCAAGUAUGGUUCAGCCUGAGACCACAGGUGCGGGACCACGGACGGGGACACAAGAGAGACUGAUCUGCAUGCAUGCGUUCCCUGAAUGCUGGGCUCAGAACCAGAUCGACUUCUGCUCUGUCGGGUGCAAGACAAGCACUGCCACAGAAGGUUGCGAAGGAUGGGUGACAACACUGGAGUACGGUUUUCAGCAUGAUGGAAGACCACUGGUGGAAAGAAGGCAAAGAAGAGCAACGUUGCUUCGUUGUGUUGAGUUGAUACCUACUGUAAUGCCAUAAACAAGCCUCUGGGGGUGCUAGAGGCACACUUCCUGAGCUAAUAGCUGUUGUAAUGCCACGAGCAUGCCUCCGGGGGUGCUAAAGGCUCAUUUCCACUUUUACUUUCCUUGCUUCUUGUUGUCAGAAGGGGGUGACAGCGUGUCAAGAUUUUCGACUUUACUGCACACAUCAGUAUCAAAAAAGACAGAAGGGAAAGUGAACAAGAGCAGUGUUUCUUCGUCAUCUGGAUCCAAUAGGUGCUGUAAUGCCCUAAACAAGCCUUUGGGGGUGCUAGAGACACACUUCCUGAGCUAAUAUCUGUUGUAAUGCCAUGAGCAAACCUCCGGGGGUGCUAAAGGCUCAUUUCCACUUUUACCUUCCUUGCUUUUUGUUGUCAGAAGGGUGUGACAGAGUGUCAAGAUCUUCAACUUCACUGCCUCCGGGGGUGCUAAAGGAUCAUUUCCACUUCUACCUUCCUUGCUUCUUGUUGUCAGAAGAGGAUGACAGUCAAGAUUUUCAACUUCACUGCCUCCAGAGGUGCUAAAGGCUCAUUUCCACUUCUACCAUGCCUGCUUCUUGUUGUCAGAAGUGGGUGACAGAGUGUCAAGAUUUUCGACUUCACUGCACAAAUUCAACUGAACCCACAGUAUCAAGAAAAGACAGAAAGGAAAGCGAACAAGAGCAAUGCUUCUUCAUCAUCUGGAUCCUUAGUUGCUGUAAUGCCAUAAACAAGCCUCUGGGGGUGCUAGAGACACACUUCCUGAGCUGAUAGCUGUUGUAAUGCCAUGAGCAAGCCUCUGGAGGUGCUAAAGGCUCAUUUCCACCUCUACCUUCCUUAUUUCCGGUUGUCAGAAAGGGGUGACAAAAUGUCAAGAUUUUCAACUUCGCUGGACUUAUUCAGCUAAACUCACAGUAUCAAAAAAGAAAGAAAGGAAAGCGAACAAGAGCAAUGUUUCUUCGUUGUCCCAAUUUGAUAGCUACUGUAAUGCCCUAAACAAGCCUCUGGGGGUGGUAGAGACACACUUCCUGAGCUGAUAGCUGUUGUAAUGCCAUGAGCAAGCCUCCGGGGGUGCUAAAGGCUCAUUUCCAUCUCUAUCUUCCUUGCUUCUUAUUGUCAGAAGAGGGUGACAGAAUGUCAAGAUUUUCAACUUCACUGCACAUAUUCAACUGAACCCACAGUAUCAAACAAGACAGAAAGAAAAGUGAACAAGAGCAAUGUGUCUUCGUCAUCCGGAUCUGAUAGCUGCUGUAAUGCCAUAAACAUGUGCUUGGGGGCGCUAGAAGCACACUUCCAUCUCUGCUUCCCUUCCCUUUUGUUAUCAGAAGGGGGCGACAGAGUGUCAAUACUUUUGACUUCAUAUAUUUGACUGGUCUCAGUAUCCAAAAAGAAAGACAGCAAAAGGAGAGGAGUGAUGGGAUGUGCUAUCUCCAGCCUUGCUAUUUGGGGAGCUUUUUUAACUACAACUUUUCUCUGUAGUUACCCAGCCAGUGUUUGUCUUCAGAUUGCAGAAGGGCAGGAUGAGUCUUUCUUUGAUCUUCAGAUAACACAAGGGAUGCCCACUUCCCUAUCAUGAUCACCUGGCCCAGGUGUUUGAAUGAAUUGCCCAGCCUGGGAAAGUUCCUUUUUUGAACAGCACCUCCCAGAACACCUUCACCCAAGCUUAGUCCAAGUUGCAAGCUGGCACUGGAGAAUACGUAUGUCUAUUUAGCCUGGCACAAACCUAUCUGGACCUGGUUUCUGCUCACAGAGGAUGCCGUUUCCAGCCCUGGGUUCAAGAGAGUGUUGUAACUUCUGGGUGUGCCUUGUGUUUUUCCAAGCAGAUAUACCAUGCGGUUGACAGUUUCCACAUUUUACAGAUGGGUAAAUGCACAUACUAGUUGCCAUCUUGGUGCCCUUUCUGCCAGUAUUCCACAAGACGCCCCAGCUUGGGGACUUCUCUACCUCAGCCAGAAUAUUACAACUACCACCCUUUAGUCCCCUUUUGGGGAUAUCUAGGGCUACUUUCCCCCCUUUGGCCUGGACUUUCCCCCCAAUGGUGCUGGGCAUCCAUCUGCUGCCAUUCCUCGAGUAUUUUCUCCCCAAUGCCAACUUGUCCAGAACCACAGCCAACAAGCCCAUUCGUAUUUAUUAAUUCGGAUAGCCUCUUGCUUCCCAUUUCAGAGGAGGAGAUUCCACAUCCACUUGCUGGGGUUUUGAAAGGGGAAUAACGGUUUAAUUUAUUCUGUAUCAUAAUUGCCUGCAUUGUUGUCUUUAUUUUGUGUCUUUUUCUAUCACAAUUGCUUGAUGUUGUUUUUUAAAUGAGUAUGAUGAUGAUGGAAAAUUAUCUGUGUAUGACUC